AAACGAACAAGUCUUCAUUCAACAUGAAGUCCUUUUUGCUUGCGAUCUUGUGCUUCACCGCCGUUUAUGCCGCCCCAUCGGCUCGCUACGAUGAAACCGAUCACACAAAUGGACGUCCGGGUUGUCGAACCCAGGAAGAAAUGAACGUACGAUUCUGGAGAAACAACUGGGAUCCCGUUCACUACUGGGAGUGCGUUAAUCUGAAUCAAGAUGCCGUAAGACGUCGAUGUGACUACAACAGUCUGUUCUCAGAGCAAGCUAGGGCCUGCAUCUACGUCGAAGAUUGGAGAUGGACUAUACCUAGAGAACCACCAACUCAGGGUGAAUUUGACGGAAUUCCCCGCCCUGAUCCCAUUGAGGAUUGUCCACCCUGCAAUACCCCUUGCCCACCUUGUCCUGAAACCACUCCCUGCCCACCCUGCCCUCCUCCAGGAGACGAUCCAACUACAACUACGACCACUACGACAACAACUACCACAACCACUACGACAACAACUACGACUACAACCACAACGACAACUACAGUGCCCCCACCAACAACAACCCCUUGCCCACCAUGUCCUACCACCACCCCAUGCCCACCAUGCCCACCAACCCAAGGACCUCCUGGUGAAAAUCCACCACCACCACCACCAGAGGGAGGACCUCAACCUGCUUGCACUCAAGAACAGCUGCCAUGGCUCUGGGCUUCAGAAAGCCCUUACUACUUCUGGCAGUGCCGCUCUUUGGGUGACGCCCUUCUAAUGCCUUGCGCUCCUGGAACAUGGUUCUUCGAAGAUCGCCAAGUUUGCGAUUGGCCACCAAAUAGCCUUCUUCGCCACUUUAAGCAUCUUAUGCAGUAAUCAAUCGUCUAAGGAUCUACACACACACACGUUACACACAGCACCUGAAAGUAGUGUCCCAGUUUUAUCUUAAUAUUGUUACAAUUGUGAGAGUCCCAUCCCCUUACCCCUUAUAUUGUGAACCUAUUGUAACCCGACUAGGGAAAAAUAAACGGCAUUAGCAUUGAAAA